CGCCGAGCAUGUUCGUGAACUUGCAUGUGGAUACUUUCUGUGUUUACCAGCAGGGUUCAGUGUUUACGUCGGAGCAGGUAGCGGCACCAGCGGCAAGAGUCAAAUUGUACUGAAAUUUGUUGUCAUUUGUUACUCAAUCGUCUAGCAAAACUGAGCAUCUGUUUAAAAACAUUGUUAAAUCUAUUUGGAAGUACCUCCCUGUAGUUUGCUAUCGUAGUUUGAAGUGAUGUUAAUGUAACUAACCUAAAAUGGCUCAGAGAGGUUUACCUCAGAGCAAAGAAGCUCUUUUGAAAUCCUACUCAGCACGUCUCAAAGAUGAUGUUAAAUCUCUUCUUGAAAAUUUUGAAGAGAUUAUCAAAUUGGCAAAAGGAGAGAGUGAUUCACAGCUUAGUCGGAUGACUCAGUGUGAACAGGACACAUAUGAAAUGCAUGUACGAUCUGCAAACAUUGUUCGGGCUGGAGAGUCCCUGAUGAAACUAGUGUCGGAUAUCAAGCAGUAUCUUAUUUUGAAUGACUUUCCAUCGGUCAAUGAUGCUAUUACGCAAAACUCAAAACUUUUUCGUCAAAAGCAAAGUGAAGCAGAUCAGAAACUUAUGAUGCUGAGAGAUGAUAUGGCAGCAGAUCUGUAUGAUUUGGAGGAAGAGUACUACAACUCUGUGUAUAAGUGUAGGAUAGCAGAUUAAAUGUAUGUUUUAUUGUGAAGUAUGUUUAAAUUUAUAUUCUGUAGAAAAAGAGAUUAUCUCUCUGGCAUAAACUCUUUUUUUAAAUUUUCCUUUUAAAAUGAAUGGCUCACAAUGUUACUAUUAUAAAUAUCAGUUGCUCCCUAUAAUGUGUAAAUAUGUCAUUUUUCUUUUAUCGAUUAAUAUUUUUUGUCUAGAGGACUGAAUAAACUACGAUUGAUUUUCA